CGGCCCAUCGGCGUACUCGACUCACGGAGAACAACACAAUCCUAAACUUGUCCGUGGUCCCCGUUAAAAGUAAAUCUCAGUUUAUAUGGUGUCUGUGGAUCUGCUUCAAGAAACACAAUUUAUUUUCCGGACGAGGAAAUUGAAUAUCUCAGUAAAUGUGUGAGCUGUCUGCUGCUGAUGGCUUUGUUGAGAUAAAUGAAAACUUGGGAGAUAUGAUAAAGUACGUGGCAAACGAACCUUCUGUAGGAUUAUACUACAUCCAGCAGCAUGCUCAGAAUGCAGUGCCUAACAUUAUCAGGCUCAAGAAAAAUGUCUUGGAGAAAUCACAUGAAGUGAGUUUGCACACCGAAGAUCUGGAGGAUUCCAUAGCUAUGACACGGACAAUGAAAGAGUUUGGAUCCCCCGUUUUUGAUGAAAUGAUCCGAGAUAUAAAGGCAUCUCUAACCAUAAUGUCAACUAAAGAGCCGGUGAGAGGUGUAAUCCCACAACGACGCAAUUCAAGUUAUCAUGCUGGCGGGGCCAGCUCUUGGGGGCCAGCUACAUGGGCCCGCACAACAGGUAGUACUCAGAAUGAAGGUGAGAGACCAGGUAGUUACUUUUCAAGUGUGUUCAAGUCUGCUAAAGAAAAGUCAGGUUAUUUGAAGUGGACACGAGCCUCGGAGCUCGAUGUGAAGGAGCCUUUACCUUCUAGAAGCAGUAGUUCCACUCAGGUGGAGGAAACCGAUGAGUUGCCGAUAUCUAGCCAGGUUGAAGAUGAGGGGGUUGCAGGAGGUAGUGGUAAUUUGUCCAUUGAUGGAAAGUCUCAACUGAUAUUGCCCAAAGAGAAAGAAUAUAACGAAUUGAAGGCUGAUAAGGAAGCCAGACUAGAAGAGUGGCUGGAAGGUUCAGGCAACAUUUUUGGGAAUAAAAGUAUCGAGGCUGAAGGACAUGGGCAUCAUCUGCUUGACAGUUUAUGAUGUCUGAAUCCAGCCGUUUAGUCUGAUAUUAACAUGUAGAUUACAGUAACGGCCUUUGAAGUUGAUGGUUGCCUCUUCUAUGAGUGAGAGUGAGUGUGAGACAACGAGAGAUGGGGGUAGUAGAGUUAUACGUCUACCCCAUCUGCUUGCUGUAUUUACAAUUGGCUUGUUUGCUUUGUACAGUUUAGAAUGUCUUGAGGCACAAUUGGAUCAUGUUGUACUAAUAAGCGAGCACGGUUGAUGCUCGCGCUAGAGCCCCGUGUCGAUCGUCACCUUCUUCUUCCCUUGAGGAGUUUAUUCGGAUCGUUAUCCUGGGAUAGGAUAGCGAGUAUAGGCCUCCUCUUGAAAUGUUGUAUUAAUACAAGAUGAAAAUAAAUUGUUGUAUUAA